AUGAACAAGUUCAAUGCCGCGCAGCGCAAUCUCCAGCGCGAUAGGCGCCACAAGAAGGCUCAGGAGAAGCGAUUGAGGCUGGGCCUGCAGUCGCUCAAGCUGUCCAGGCAAUCGGCGUCGCGCACCCCAUCGGGCAAGCGGCAGCGCAAGUUAGACAAGAAGCUGCGCCGGGCGCAGAAGGAAGUUUUGGAGAGCGGGCUCGUGUCGGUGCAAGACAUUGAGAUGAUCUGUGCAGGUUUCUCUCCAGCUUCAGUGAUAUUUCUUUCUUCUCUGAUCCUCUUCUUCCUAGAUUCGGCUCCUGACGCGCCAGCGGCCUCCUCCAAGGGAUUUUCUCUCAAGCUGAAGAAGCAAAGGAAGCUCAAAUUGAAGAAGAACAAGCCUGGUAAGCAAGCUCUCUCGAUUUCUCGUGUUCUUCAUCCUCUACAUUCAUCCCUGUGGCAGCCAAAGCGAGCAUCGAUGCUGAAUCCACGCCACAAGCGAUGA